AUGGGAGUGCCAACCCCACAAUGCCUAAAGACCCAGCCCAGUAUUGUUGGUCGUGACGACCAUUUCGAUUGGUUAUCGUACAAGGCCGACGGCGAGGCCGUCCGGGAUACGGCAGCCGGCGCUCACGACCGCGGCGCCGAGUUGUGGUCGCUCGCCGCGUGGCGAGGCCGGGCCGCCGUCGCGGCGGAGAGGGCGGCCGCGGGUGGAAAAAAGCCGACGGAGAGCGAAUGCGAGAGCCGCAGCGCAGCCGGCGGCGACCUGCGCACCUGCCUGCAGCUCGAGCUCGGCGAGAGGGUGGGCGACGGCUAG